AUGCCCUCCUCGAGGCGAUCAUCAUCAGCAGCAGGCAGGGCCGAGAGGAUGGUGUCGCACAAUCGGUACACGUCCGAGCAGAAGCGAUUCUUUGCCGUCAACGUCAAACUCUGGAACGAGAAGCAGAUCACCAAGGACGAGGUCAUCGAGCGCUUCAAGAAAAAGUUCAAGGACCCAAAGUUUGGCUACAGCCAGUAUAGAUAUCUCCGCCAGGAAGUCGGCCGGGAUGUGGAGUUUGGGGCCCCCCUUCUCCAGGCCCAGGAGCAAAAGGCCCUCGUCGUGACGGUCCCGCAACCCGCAUCAUGCGUACAAGGCUUCCCACACCAGCAGCCUCAGAUGGCACCGGCCUCCCAAGACCUGCACGAAGACAAGUUUUCCGCACCGGUUGCAGACAGCCCGCCCUUCCUCCAGCAGGACUUCUCGAGUGGAUAUGGCGACUUUCCCGACUUGGAAAUGCUCCUCGAAAACGAUGCUGAAACCAUUCCAGCGGCUUCUGUACUUCCAAGUACACGAGGCUCUACUUGUUUGAUGCCAGCCCAGCAGCAAGGGCAGCAGCAUCAGCAUCAGCAUCAGCAACAGCAACAGCCAGCCGCCACGGACGUAUUCGAGUGCACCGGCGGCGGUCCAUGCACUCUUCCAGUGGGAGCACCGCACAGGCACGAACCCAACGGUUCGAUAGUGUUCCCAAACGAGAAGGCGAUCGUGGGCAUGAUUGCUAUGGAGAAGAUGUUGAUGGGGUUAGACAGUAUCGAUCCGCAGAUCCUGAGUACACAGUCUGAGCCACCAGUCGGCAGCUGCGUAUCCGGAUCCGACUAUACCUUCACUAGAACGACAUCUCAGCAGGUCCCCUUCACUACUGCUCCGGACAUUCCAAACAUGAAAACCGACGACGACAGAAUAUUCGCCGGCUUCGAGUACGAAUCUCCCGUGCUGCAAGAUCCAUCAACAGACCUUGGCACCACCACGGGCGGAAUAAAUAUCGACCCCAGCCUGACAGACACGAUGUUUGACUACGAUAUGUCGAAUCAAAUAUACAACAGUACAAGCCAAGGCACAGCCGGGGGUACUGAUUCGAUCCCCGGCGGCCUCACGAACUGGUCCCAAGCUAGCAGCUAUCAUCUUGGACCGAGCAACCAGGCAGGCAUCGCCAGCCCGUCGCGCUGGACAAGCCAACAGCUAGCCCGGAGGGUCAUCCGGCAACCGGUAGCCGCCAUGACCAUCCCGCGUCGUCCGGCCAUGGCGAGGCAGCAGCAGAACAUGGACGCUGGAUUCGGCUUCGGCCUUGGCGUCGGCGGAAUGCAGAUGGCGUACUCCCCCAGCACCACCGGUGUGGUGCCGUCGAUGUGGCCUCAGAAUAGAUCACCUGCCAUGGCCUCCAAGUCAUCCCAGGGCUUUGAUAUAAAAGGUGCUGGUGGGGCUGGCACGCCACAGUAA